UUUACUUUAUUUUUUUUUUUUUGUAACGUAGAUAUGGAAAUACAAGAUACUGUAAAAGAUGAGUCUACAUCUAAUAGUUGGCUUUGUCGUGGACUUGCUUGGUUAUUUCCAGAGACUUCAAUUCAACAAUGGCGUGAUAUUGUAGAUAAAUUCAAUGUAUCGAAUCUUUUAUUUUGUUAUUGUCUUCCAUUCUUUUAUGUGUUUUAUCCUACUUGGUUAAUGCCUGCCAUAUUCCUGAAAUCCUUAUCUUUUGUUGUGGGUUGUCUUUAUCGUUUAAUUAGUCGUCACCAUGGUCAUUACAAUUCAACUCAAACCACGGCUCAACAUUUAAAUAAUAAUAAUAAUAAUACAACACCUUCAUCUUCUGGUACUUCCACUCCUAUUAAACCUAGGUCUCGUCCUUCUACUCCCACUUUGGAAGAUGAACGAAAUCAUUUAUAUUUCUGGUUACAACGAUGCUCUAUUUGUUUGGAACAAACUUAUUCUUUAUGUUUGGAGUCGUGUCGUGAUCAAUUUUGCAAGGAUUGUUUUGCAAGGUAUACUGAAGAAACAGUACAAGCUUCUUGGGGUUUAGGUGUCACUCGAAUCAAAUGUCCAGUUUGUCAAGAAGUGAUUCCUCAAGCUGAAUGGAGUCGUUAUGUUUCAAAACAAGUAGUGGAUAAGUAUAAUGCAUUCAAUCAACCUUAUCGACCCUUUAUGCGACAUUGCGCGGCAUGUGAAAAUGAAGUGAUUCCAUGUCAAUCUCCAAGGCAACAAGGUGUUUCACGAGAAAUGCGACUGGAAUAUAUUACGGAUGCUCUUUCAUCAUUGAAGGACUUGAUGGAAAAUAAUGCGGAUUGGAAAGAACAAUUAGAUCAAUUGACAAUGUUUUUUCAACAAACAUGUCAAAAAAAAGGGUCGACUUUCCGUAUUGGUCGUGUACAAGAUUUAUAUCAAAAGAUGAUUCCAUCUUUAGCUCGUUUGGUUCAACAACAACAAGCUAGUUAUCAAUAUGCAUCUCUGAUAUCUAAGCAAUUAGUGGCAAUGGAAGUGAUACCUGAAGCUUGGAAGCAAACUCAAUUCUGGCAUGUUGCUCAUUUUCCUUUGGAAACCUGUGAUCAAUGUGGAUUACAUCUCUGUCUUCAAUGUGGGGAAAAGGCACAUGUGGGAAUGACUUGUAUGAAUUGGAUGAUAAAGAGUUUACAGGAUCAACCAUCAUCAGAUCAAACAGCUUCUCUACAAUGGAAAAUUAAAAACACGUAUGUCAUGACACAUUUUAUUUUUGAUUGUACUUAUCUUCUUAUUAUUAUUAGACGACCUUGUCCAAACUGUUCGGUGAUGAUCAACCGAGAUGAAGGAUGUAAUCGAGUGGAUUGUUUAUUAUGUGGUCAUCGAUUUUGUUGGCGAUGUUUAUCAAGUUGGACUUCGCAAACAUGUGGAUUCUAUCAAUGUGGACAAGAAGAAGAGAAUCAAAAUGAAGAAAAGACACACGCUCAAAAUGGAAAGGCUGAAUUAGGUGUUCCCAAUAUGACAUUGAUUGAUUCAAAGCGACGCCAUUCUUGAUGGAUACAUGUAACAAGAAUACCCUCUCAAAUAUAGUAUAGUAUGUUGUAUAUAGUUUUAUUUAUUUAUUUAUUCAUUAUAUUAUUGGCUGAAAUAAACCAAAUUGGGAUAUAUAUAUUUUUAUUGAAUGGGGAAUCAAAAUGUUUUGUGUAAAAAAAAAAAAA